AUGCGUGUCUUCCCGUGGGGAUUUUGGCUGCUGUGUGUCGCCUCCGCCCCGGCUCGCGGUGACAGCGGCAGCAAGGCGAGGAGCUGCGCCGAGGUCCGGCAGCUGUAUGGAGCCAAGGGCUUCAGCCUCAGCGGCGUGCCCCAGGCCGAGAUCUCCGGGGAGCACCUGCGAAUCUGUCCACAAGGCUACACCUGCUGCACCAGUGAGAUGGAGGAGAACUUUGCAAACAAAAGUCGAAGUGAAUUUGAAGCCAUGAUGAAAGAGGCUGGUCGCUCUGUGCAGGCAACCCUAACAGCACAGCACAGAAGCUUUGACAGUUAUUUCCAGGAUUUGUUGAACAAGUCAGAAAAGGCCCUUUACGAUGCCUUUCCAAGCAUGUACGGAGAAUUGUACACUCAAAAUGUGAAGGUGUUCAAGGACUUGUACAGCGAGCUGCGCCGCUACUACCGCAGCUCCAACAUCAACUUGGAAGAGGCCCUCAAUGAGUUCUGGACACGGCUGCUGGAGAGGCUCUUCAAGGUGCUGAACCCCCAGUACCACAUCACAGACGAGUACCUGGACUGCAUGGUCAAACACGCCGAGCAGCACAAACCCUUCGGGGAGGUGCCCAGGGACCUGAAGGUGAAGGCAACCCGAGCCUUCAUCGCGGCGCGCUCCUACGCACAGGGCUUCCUGGUGGGCAGUGACGUGGUCAAAAAGGUGUCUCAGGUGUCCCUGAGCCAUGAGUGCACCCGUGCCAUCAUGAAGCUGAUGUACUGCCCGCACUGCCGGGGCAUGUCCAGCAUGAAGCCGUGCAACAACUACUGCCUGAACGUGGUCAAGGGCUGCCUGGCCAACCAGGCUGACCUCAACACCGAGUGGAAGUACCUGAUGGAUUCCCUGAUCGGGGUGGCCGAUCGGAUCGACGGCCCCUACAACGUGGACACUGUGAUUGGCACCAUCCACAUGAGGAUCGCUGAAGCCAUCUCUAACUUGCAAGAAAACAAAGAUACAAUCACGAGCAAGGUAUUCCAAGGCUGUGGAAAUCCCAAAAUCGGCACAAAAGGCUCCAGUAGUGAAGACAAGAAGAGACGGGGGAAGGUGACAUUGGAAGCCAAAUCCUCUGCACAAGCACUGGAGAUGCUGGUUUUAGAUGCCAAAGGGAAUCUGACAGCUCUCAAGACAUACUGGAUCACCCUGCCCAGCAGCCUGUGCAGCAAAAAAGUAAUGUCCAGCUCAGCAUCAGAUGACAAAUGUUGGAACGGGAUGACCAAGGGCAGUUACCUGCCUGAAGUGAUGGGGGAUGGCUUGGCUAACCAGAUUAACAACCCAGAGGUGGAGGUGGACAUCACCAAGCCAGAUAUGACCAUUCGCCAGCAAAUCAUGCAGCUGAAGAUCAUGACAAACCGCCUGGGCAACGCUAACAUCGGCAACGACGUGGAUUUCCAAGACACAAGUGACGACAUGAGCGGCUCCGGGAGUGGGGACAGCUGUCCUGAUGACGUCUGUGGCAAAAGACUUUCUAAGAGCCCCAGCACCAGGCAGCCAGAAACACACGCUAUUCCUAAGCAGUCUGGACACGGCAUCAAUGGGGCCAGCAGCAGAUCUUUGCCUUCUGCCUCCCUCCUCCUCCUCCUCUCGGUGGCUGUCACUGCCGCGCUGCACUUGUGGCGGUAACUCACUGGCACGGCCAGGAAACAUUGACUGUGGCUGAGGGCUUCACUUUGCCAAAACCAACCAACCAACCAACCAACCAACCAAAGGACAUAUUUAAUUCACCUUGGCAAAAAAAAAAAAAAAGAAAAAAGAAAAAAGAAAAAAAAAACAAGAAAAGGGAGGAGAAAAAGAUUUUCGAAAGGUUUCAGUUGUUUGCUAUUUCUGGCAGUGCUCGAGCUGUUUUCUUCUUUCUUGGUCUUUCCCCAAAGCUGGGCCCUUCUUUCCAUACCUCAUUGUUUUACUUUUGUUAUUGCCACAAACUGGCUCUUGGGGCUGAAACAAGCCUUUGCAGAGGGCUCCAGGGGAACUCGGCCGAGCCCUCCGAGGGCAGCUGUGCUGCUGCUGCCAGUGGAAUAUGCAACCACCCUGCCCCUGUUCCCAGUGCCGGAGCUGCCGCGGGCAGCGCCCGCUCCCGACGCGGAGACACCGGGAUCCUCGCGCGGCCCACCCGCUGCAUCCAGGGGCUCUUGGGUUCUUCCUCUGUGCUUCCUAGCUGGG